CUGAGCUGCAGAAUAUCAAUGUCAAUCUCAGGGAGUCUUCCUCCACGCUCAAAAGGAAAGCAGCCCUCAAACAUUGAACUCUCGCUCCUCUUUUUGGGCAGGCUCGCUUUCUAGCUUCUCAGACAUCUCCCUUUCUAUAGCUCCCACCUUUCGAUCAUGGUUUGGUUCGACCGCUUCUCGCAGCAGGACGACUACCAGCAGUCCCCCCAUGCGGCGCUCUACGACAAUCGCGAGAAGGAGCACAAGUCAGAAUGGACUCACGAGCUGGUCGGAGGCGCCGCUGGCGCUGAGGCCAUGAGGCUGUACGAGCAGCGCGAGGAGGCGGAAGGACAGGCGCCGGACCACCAGGUCGCAAAGGAGAUCUUAGCGGGCCUUGCUGGAGCUGAGGUGGAUAAGCUCUUCGAGACCAAGGGGCUUGACUACAUCGAUCGCGAGAGAGCAAAGCACCGCGCCAAGGAGCAAGCUCGUCAGCUCUACGAUCAGCAUUACGGACAGAGCGACUAUUGAGGACGAGUCUGGAGCGCCCAGAACCUUGAAGUAACUCAUUGUCUUCUUGAUUUUUGAGGAUCGGAACCAGUGAAAACGCAAUGUUGCUUCGCUUGUAAGGAGAGGAGACGAGUCUGCAUACUUCUUUUAAGCCUGAACUGUAGCCGCGUAGAAAACACGUAGUUGUUCGAUAUUCCUAUCAUGUACCUCGAACACAUGUGCGCAAAGACUAUCUCCGUCUUUUCGAAUGGUGCAGCCGUCGUCCAGGACGUGUCGCGGAUACAAGCGUUUCGUUCAUAACUUAGAAAACUUGUUUAAGAAGCUUUUGGGCAUGAUGG